AUGGCUAGGAAUAUGACCUCGGAUGGAGAGCUCCAAGUGGGCAGAUGCUUUUGCGAGACUGGUCGUAAGAGGCUUCGUGUUCCCAAAUCUGUUCAUAUCCCCUUUGAGAUUCCUCAGGGAGAUUUCCACGACCUAACCGAUGGCGAAGAAGACCUCGGAGCUGACGAUCACAGUGAUGGCGGACUAUUUAUUCCGGAUGAGCCCGACGCAGAGGAAGAAGUUCAUGAUCCUGUACAUGAUACACCACUCUCAGCCCAAGCACCUGCAAUGGGCCCACCGCCCCCACACAUAAUUGACAUGAUUGCCGCACUAUUCGACCCAUCUCCAGAAGGUGAAGGGCUACUAGAACUAGAAGGAUUAUGGGACGACCCGGAGAUUCUAUUUGCAGGGCAGGCGACCCCAGGCCCUAUGGAACUUACCCAGGGACUUGUUCCAGAGAUGGACCUUCUGCCAUCUAACGAAACUGUGCCGGAAGUAGACGAAGCACCAGAGGAUGGUGCCUCUGAGGGUGAUCUGCCAAAGAUUGCAACAUGGAGACUUAACCUCACAGCAUUGUCACAGGUUUACAACAUCUAUAUGGCUGCAUAUGCAGACAAGAUUCACAUCUCUCGACCCCGCAGCUGCGUUACCAACACUUUACCCCCCAAACCAGAUCUAAUUCUACAACCUAACCCCAGUUCCAAGGCUCUUAUUAUCGGCGGCGAUUUGGAUCAGGCAUUCCCACAUCAAGUUAACCAUCUCAUCAUUGGUGAUCUUGGGGAAGAGGAAAUCAUUCUUCUUGCUUAUGAUGAUGGCGACGUCAUCGGUUACUAUACCCGUGAUAUUGAGACGACACUCCUGUGCCAGGAACGAAACGAAGAGACUGCUGUCCCGACACCAUUCUUUCAUGAAAAUGUUAACAGGAGUGCCUGGGGACUUGCAAUUCACAAAAAGUCUCGUAUUAUCGCCGUUAGUUCAAACCUGCACGAAGUCAAUGUUUUUGUUUUCGCUCUUAGUGGUUCUGUCUAUUCACCUACUCGGAAUACCCACCCUACCGACCUUUUCAGGACUAUUGUCAAAACUGAGAAUGGAAACACGCCGCAGACUUCUGCACCGGACAUACUGGAAAGCAUAGUCCGACUUCGAGAGUCUAACUGGCGCAUUGUUCUACGAACCGGCCGCUUAGGAACUAAUAUACCAAACAUUGCCUUUAGCAACGACGCUAUUGGAUUUGCAGAUAAGAUUGUCGCCGUAGACAUUAACGGAAGGCUUUGGUUGAUGGAUAUAUGGGAAUUUGGACAUCAUCCCAACCGCACCAUUGAUAGUAUUCAAUCCAAACAUGAUCGUGACACACGCUUUGAGCGCCCAAGGCCCAGGGGCUGGGGUGUUCUUGUGCUGCCGAAAAGCAGUUUCUUGCCAACAAAAGGCUGCCGUAAAUCGCUUGGGCUAUCAAUAGACGAGGCCAGAGUAAUUGACGACGACGAGGUGGGAAAAUGGGUGGAUAUCAGUCAAAGUAUCCAUGCGCUGAAGAACAAUUCGAUGCUCCAUCCAUGGGUCAGAUCUAGUAAUUCCGACCGGUUCGUUGUAAACCCUUUGGGAGCCAGAUGGAAUGGGUCCUGGUAUGACUAUAAGCAUAACAAGUGCUUUAUACUACGGCCUAAUCUGGCUCACACAGGUUCUGACGCAGUUAUGAGCCGUCCAAAAUCCAAAAAAGUCCUACAGGAUGGCAGCAUCAUCAUGCGCACGUACGAGAUCGACAUUGAGCUUCGUAGCUCUGAAGUAGAUGGUUAUGGGGUCAUGUUUGAGAAAGUGAUCGACCAACUCCGGCCCCGAUAUACGGUGAUACCGGCAUUGAGAAUGACACAUGAGCGCCUGGCCAAUCUUAUACAUGUCCCAGAACUAUCGCUAGUCGUGGCAGGUUCAUUGUGCGGACGGGUAGCACUUGUGACUCUUACUCACACGAUGGACACAUUUGAGGUAUUGCAGGAGGCCUUCAAGGUCGAAGCUAUUCUGCCCACGGAACGAGAUGAGGAUAAAAAGUUGCGGCCUAUUUGCCCAUUGCUAGGCGUGGCUGUCUCGCCGGUUGCCUUCUCGGGUAGCAUGGAAUCCAAAGGCAAAGCGGUCAGUCGAAGGCGUUACCGCAUCAUGCUUCACUACUACGACCUCCGUAUCCUAAGCUACGAAAUAUCUCGAAACUUGGAAACGGACACCCUCUCGAUUGAUUAG